CGGUGGCCAUGACGAUCGGUUCAAUGUUUCACCAGUUUUUUUUUUUGUUUUUUUUUUCAACUGCAGCAGUAAUAAAAGAACAGAAGACAUCAAAUUACCGUUUUUAUUUUAUGCUAGAUUAUCGUGAUUUUGAUAGAGGUCUUUAAACGCAGCACUUGAUUUGAGCAAAUCCUGUUUGUUCUAAUCGCAUCUGAUGGAUCCAGGAUGCAGACAUCAUGCUGUCAUUGGUCAGCCCUGUCAGCCAGUAGCCUCUAAUAUAAUCUGCAGCCUGACGGACCAAGCAGGACCGCAUCCAGCUCUGACAGCGGCUCGGUUCUCCCAUCACAGCACCGGCAUGGAUUUACCUGGGAUUAUAGAGCAAAUGGAGGCAGGAGAGCAAGACAGGGCCCUGGUGGUGUUACAGAGCUUCAACAAAGAGAUGAGCCAGUGCUUCACAUUCAGCAGAGAAGACAAUCAGGAAAGAGAGCAUCUGGGAGAGCUGUUGCUCAACUUCCUUAACAGAGAGCUGCAACCUUCCUGUCUGCUGGCGUGUCUAGAAACGGUUCGAAUCCUGACCAGAGAUAAGCAUUGCUUGGAUCCCUUCAUCGGCCGCUCAGCCAUGCUCACUCUCGCCCGCUACGCAGGCAUUGCCAUUGACCAGCCUGCUCACACUAAUCAAGGCUUAUUGGAGGAGAGCAAAGCGGCUGAUUUGGAGGAUGGAGAUCCUGGUGCGCUGCUACAGGAGCCCCCCCCUCCUUCAGAAAACCCUGACCAAGAAGUGAUUGUUGAGGCUCUGAAGUCCAUCUGUAACAUCCUGCUCCACAGUGAGAGCGGACAGGUGGUAGCAGCAGAUCUGCACCUCAUUACCGGCGUAGCAGAGAGACUCAAGCAAUGGAAACGUCCCACCUGGAACCAUGAGGUAGGGAAGCUCAAUAAAAACCUUCUUCCAUUAAUAAACAUGAAUUCUUUUGACACCUCUACUGCUUCCUGUCUGUCCUGCUUCCCAGGCAACCAGUUGGAAGCCACCCUGUGUCUCUGUUGGCCAGAUCCACUGGUGACGGCCAGGAAAGGCUAUGAGGGAGUCCCACCCGAGGAGCUGCCCCCGCUAAGCAGGCAGCAGACGGAGUUAGCCAUGGAAAUACUGAAAAUCCUUUUUAACAUCACAUUUGAUGCAAACCGACGAAAGGUUGACGAGGAGGAGGCAGCGGAGUACCGACACCUGGGCGCACUCCUCAGACACUGCCUGAUGAGCCGAGCAGAUGGAGAGGAGAGGAGCGAGGAGUUCCACAGCCAUACUGUGAAUUUGCUGGGGAACCUGCCGCUGCUGUGUCUGGACGUGCUGCUACUCCCCAAGGUGGAACAGGGCUCCAUCGAAUACAUGGGAGUCAAUAUGGACGCUGUAAACAUGCUGCUGGAAUUCAUGGAGAAAAGACUGGAACGGGGCCAGAAGCUGAAGGAGACUCUUCUGCCAUCUCUGAACCUGCUGACGGAGAGUUCCCGCAUCCAUCGAGAGACCAGGAAAUUCCUCAGGUCAAAAGUGCUGCCACCCCUUCGCGACGUGAAAAACAGACCAGAGGUGGGAAAUGCUCUGAGGAACAAAUUAGUCCGUCUCAUGACGCACAUCGACACCGAUGUCAAGAACUGUGCCGCUGAAUUCCUCUUUGUGCUCUGCAAAGAAAGCGUUUCACGGUUCAUCAAGUACACUGGAUACGGUAACGCUGCUGGUCUGCUGGCUGCCAGGGGUCUGCUCAGAGGGAGCAGAGACUCGGGGAUCUACUCUGAAGAUGAAGACUCUGAGACCGAAGAGUACAGAGAGGCCAAACCCCACAUAAACCUGAUCACCGGCGUAGUGGAGGAGGAGCAGCCCAACCCCAUGGAGGGAAUGAGCGAGGAGCAGAAGGAGUACGAGGCCAUGAAGCUUGUCAAAAUGUUCGACAGACUUUCCAGGUUUUAG